AUGAAGUUUCGCAAAUUAUAUGGUUUAAUAAAGAAGAGUUUUUAUGAAAAAAGAAAAAAUUUCAUUCUUUAUUUUUUCUUUCUAUUAGUACCAUUUUUUUUAAUAGUGUUUCAUAUAUUUUUAAGGAAGCUAAGUGAUAAAUAUUCUAUAGAAGCACAUAACCCAUCAAAAACUAAUAAGAUUGAAUUAAAUGAUUCAAUACGACAUUAUGUUUUAUUUUUGGGUAAUCAACUAUGUUCUAAACAAAUAGAUGAUGAUAUAUAUGUAAAUCAUAUUUGUGUUACUCCUAAAAAUAAUAUAACGAAUUCUUUUUUAUCAUAUGUUGAAAAAAAUGACUUGAAUAUAUUUAAAAUUUAUAAAAAUGAAGAAGACUGUUUGAAAAAAGUAAAAUUUGCAGUAGAAAUUAAGAAAAGCGAUAUAAAAAAUAUAAAAUAUAAUAAUUAUUUUUAUAUAAAAGAACAAAAUUUAGAAGACACAUAUAUAUUAAAUAAUUUUAAAAAAAAUAUAAAGUACAAUGAACUUAUCAGUUUAGAUGAUUUAUAUAAAAAUAUUUAUACUAAAGAGGAAUAUAAUAGAUUAUUAAAUAUAAAAAUAGAUGAAGAUACUUUAAAAGAAGUUAAAAAAACUAAAUUAUAUAAAUCAUUUAUAAAAGAAAUUAUUAAUUUUAAAGAUGAAAAUUAUUAUGAAAAUUUUUUUAAUGAUGAAAAAAAAAGAUUAUUUUUUAUUAAUUUUGUGAAAAACAAUUUAAUAGAAACAAAUUUCUCAUGUGGGUUAGUGGCCAUUCAAAAUGAAAAUGACUUAAAAAAGAAAAGUAAGUUCAAUUUUUUUCAUCCAUUCGGAAAAAAGGAGGAAAGAAAAAAAAAUAUUUAUAAUAGCAAAAAUGAUGAAAAUAUUAACUUUAAAGAAUACAAUAAUAAUAAUGAUUUUAAUUCAGAAAAUAUGGAAAAUAAAUAUUUAACUAAUGUAAAAAAUUAUAACUUUAAAAAUUUUAAUUUUAAUAAAAUGAGAUAUGUUAAUGAGAAUGAAUUAAUAAAUAAUAUAACCUAUAAAAUAAGGGUAGGUGAUUAUGCUUUAUUAAAUUUAAAUGAUAAUUUAUUUUUUAAUGAUAUCAAUAUAAAUUUAAAGCAGAAUUUUCUAAAUUUUAAUACUAUUGAUGAUUUAUCUUUUAAUAUUUAUUUUAACGAAUGGUACUACUAUAGUUUUUUUAUAGUUUUAGAAUAUUAUUUUAAUUCAUUCUUACUAGAAUAUGAAUCUAAUAAUUUAGAAUAUAAAAAAAGUAUGAAUAUUGAUGCAAUUAAUAAAAUUUCUCUUUUAAGAACUCCAAAGAGAAAAUUAUCUUUAAAUAAAUUUUUUUUGUUUAAAAUGCCAACAAAAAUUAUUAAAAUUAAUGCAUUUGAUACUUUUGAAAAAAAUAUAUUCCGAGUAAUCAUAUUUUUAUGUGUUUGUUUAUUUAUUGCAAGUAUAUGUUUUGAUAUAAAUAAAGAAAGAAAAAUGAAUAUAGUAAAUUUCUUAUAUUGUAUUAAUGUUAAUAAUUAUUACUAUUAUUUUUCAUGGCUACUUUUUUACUUUAUUAUGUUAUUUAUUUAUAACAUAUUUUUUACUCUUGUUAUAUAUCUUUUUGUUUAUCUCCGUUUAGUUAAUUAUUUUAUUUUAUUUAUAUAUAUAUAUCUUUUUUUAAUGAAUAGUUUACUAUUUACAGUUAUAUGUAUGCAAUUUACUAAUAGUAGUUCAAUAAAUUACAUUGUAACCUUUCUUCUUUUUUUUCUUUUCUCUUCAUUCCGUUUAAUUAUUCAUUCGGGCAUUAAUAAAGUCCUUUUAUUUUUUGUUCUGUUAAUACCACAUUCAUCUUUUUGUUUGUCAUUAGAUUUUUUCUUUAUUUUAAUUAAAAAUAACAUGAAGGUAAAUUAUAUGCAAUUAUUUAUUAAAAUUGAAUCUGUAAACUUGAUGCAUCUCCUUCUAUAUUCCGUUAGCUCUUUUAUAUUAUUAAUUCUAAUUUUGACAUUCAUAAUAUUUUAUAAAAGAAUAAGAUUAGAUUUGUCUUAUAUAAAAAAAAAGAAGAAGAAUAUUAUAAAUCAAAAUGAUAAUUUAAUGAAUGGAUUAAGUGAAGAUGAUGAAAAUGGAAAAACUCAUGUAUCAAAUUUUGUAAACAAAAUGGAUAUAAAAAUAGAAAAAAAUAUUAUAAAUCAAAAUGAUAAAUUAAUGAAUGAAGUAAGUGGAGAUGAUGAAAAUGGAAAAACUCAUGUAUCAAAUUUUGCAAACAAAAUGGAUAUAAAAAUAGAAAAAAAUAUUAUAAAUCAAAAAGAAUAUAAUUUAUAUAGAAAUAAAAAUGAAAUAGAUAAUAAUUAUUUUUAUUUGUUAAUUGAAAAUGUGAAUAAAUACUAUGGUGAAAAACAUGUUUUAAAAGAUAUUUCUUUAUGUUUAAAAAGUAAUAGAAUAUUUGUUUUGCUAGGAGAAAAUGGAUCAGGAAAAUCGACUUUAAUUAAUAUUAUUACAAAAAUGAUAACAAAAGAUAGUGGUAAAAUAACAUUUAUAAAUAAUACUUUAAAAAAAGAAAAAAAGAAAAUUGUUGAUAUGAGUGAUAGUAGUAGUAAUAUAUCUAACGUUUCUUUGUAUAGUAAAUAUAUUAAAGGAAUUUUUGUAAAUAAAAUUAACAAAAAAAGAUACUUCAAAAAAAAAAAUGAUUUUAAGAUUAGCUAUUGCAGUCAAAAUGUUAUAUUAUAUGAUAAUUUAACUUUUUAUGAAACAAUUAAAAUUUUUUUAUUAUAUUAUAACAAAAACGUAGAUAAGUAUUUAAAAAAAAAAAGAACAUUAAGAAUUCUAAAUGAUCUAGAUCUUGAAAAAUAUAUGAAUUGCAAAAUAAAAAAUUUAAUGGAUGAAAUAAAAAAAAAAAUUUCUAUAUUUAUUUGUUUUCUUGUAAAGCAAGAUAUUUAUAUAUUAGAUGAGCCAUUUAUAGCUUUAGAUAUUAAAACAAAAAUGAAACUUUUUAAUUUUUUUGAUAAAAUAAAAAAAAAGAAUAUUAUUUUUAUAUGCACUCAUGAUAUUUAUGAAGCUAACAAUUUCUCUGAUGAUAUAGCAAUAAUUAAGAGUGGUGAAAUUAUUUUUAAUGGAUCAAAAAAUUGUUUUCAAAAAUUAAUAGAUUACAAAUUUAUUUUAAAUAUUCAAUUUAAACAAGAUAAUAAUGAGAAGAUUGAUUACUUAAGUCAAGAAAAAGUCAUGUUAUCUCUUACCAAAAAUUCAAAGAGUAAAAAAAAUUCUCUUAAUAAAAUUACCCAUUCAUAUAAUAUGGGUAAUAAUAAUAAUAAUAAUAAUAAUAGUCAUAUAAUUGAUAAUUUUAGUAAUAAUAAUAAUAGUCAUAUAAUUGAUAAUUUUAGUAAUAAUAAUAAUAAUAAUAGUCAUAUUAUAUUAAUGAAUUAUGAAAAUGAAAAAGAUAAAAAAAAUAAUUUGAUAAAAAAAAAAAUUAUAGAUUUUAUAAAGUGUAUUAGAGAAGAAAAUAAAAAUUGUUUUAUAUUUUUUAAUGAAAAUUAUAUUUACUGUACAUAUAAAAUAAAUGAAAUAGAAUCAUUGAAAAAAUCACUUUGUUUUUUAAACAAAUAUAAAAAUACUUUAAUAUAUCAAAUAAAAACUAUAGAUAUAUUUUAUACUUAUAUAUAUAUAUAUAUAUAUAAUGAGAAGAACAAGCUAUUAAAAAAUGUUCAAGAUAAAGAUAUUAGAUGUUUAUUAGAAAUAGAUCCUUUGUUUUAUUUAUAUCUUUACAAUUUCAAAUAUUUCAAUGAACAAAAUAAAUUAUUGUUUAGUGAUAAUAGAAAUGGACAAAUAAAUUUGUAUAACUUUAAUUACUUAAAUAAUAUUUUAGUUAAUAAUAAAAUUAGCAAAAAUAAGUAUGAAGAAAAAACAUUUUUCGAAAGGAAAAAAAACGAAGAAACAAAUGAGGACAAUACUGAUAUAAGAGAGUAUAAAAUAGAUGAAGAUACAAAGAAAAUAAAUGAAAACAUAUAUUUACAAAAAAAAAAUGAAAAAGGAAAUUCUUUGUUUAAAAAUUUAAUUAACUCAUUUACUAUAUAUAUUAAACCUUUGUUAUUAUUAAAAUUAAAAAAAGAUUUAUCUAAUAAAAUUUUUUACUGGUAUAAAUUUUUAGUUCCAUUGCUUAUUUUAUCAUUUGGGAUUUUUAUAAUAAAAUGUAUUUCAAAUUAUGGAAAAAUUAAAAAUAUUAAAUUAGACCAUAAUACUUUAAGUUCUAUUAAUUUAGAAAAUACAACUUUAAAUUAUUAUAUUAUAUAUGAGACAGAAAUGAAUAAUCUUGAAAGUGAUAAUUCACACAAAAUUAUGAAUAUGAUACAUUCUAAUGAACAUGAAGAUUCUAAUUAUAGAAGUUUAUCAUUAAAAGAAAAAAUGAAAAAAAAAAAAGAAUUAAAUUAUAAUAAUGUAAAAAAUAUAAUAAAAUUGAAAAAUGGUUAUAAUUUUAAUAGACUUCCAACAAAUUCAUUUAAUUAUUAUAAUAAUACAAUAAAUACUCUCUUGGAAAAAUAUUGUAUAAAAGAAAAAAUAAAUUAUAUUGAUGAUAACAUAAAUAAGGAUAAUUUGUAUAAUGAUAUAAGCAACUAUUUAAAAAGAAAGUCAGAAAAUGAUAAUAUUAUAUCAUUAGGUUCUUUUGUUUUUUUUAUUAAAGAAAAAAAAGAUAAAAAAGACAUAACCAAUAGGACAGAAAUAGAAAUGAAUAUAAAUUUAUUUUAUAAUUAUACAUCUAUUCAUUCAUAUGCAUAUUAUAUGAAUUCUAUUUUUAAUAUUAUGCAUGAUUUUCAAAAUGAAAUAUAUGAAGAUUAUUAUGAAAAAGAAAAAAAAAUCUUAAAUAGUGAAGAAAAUAAACCAUAUCAUUUUAUUACAUGCAGUAAAUCUAUAGAAGGUAAUCAUAUAUAUGAACAAAUAAGAAAUGAUAGCUAUAAUAUAUCAGAUUAUUUAAGUGAUAAUUCAAAUUUAAUAUACGAAAAUAUAAGCAAUGAAAAUGAUAAUGGUAAUAAAUAUACCAAUAAAAACAGUUUCUUAAUAAAAAAGAAUAAAGAAAAUUAUGAAAAAAUUUUGAAAAGUUCUAAUAUAGUGGAAAUUAUAAAUGAACCAUUUUACAUAAAAUAUCAUGAACAUUUUCUCAGUGAUUUUUAUAUAAAUGUCUAUAUAUUUUUAUCAAUAGUUAUUUUUUUUUGCGUUUUAUUUGAAAGAUUAAAAAAUGAAAUUAAACAUAGAAAAAUUUUUGAGUAUUUUAAUGUUCAUAAGUAUACUCAUUAUUUUCAAAUAUUUCUUGUAGAAUUUUUUUAUUAUUUUAUAUACUUACUUUUUCUUUUUAUGAUAUUAUAUAUUUUUGAUUAUAAACAUUAUUUUUAUGUUUCUUAUUUCUUUUUUCUUUUACUUUAUGGUUUUAAUAUUUUUUUGUCUAUAUGUUUGUUUACCUCUUUAUAUUUAAAUAGUUAUAUUGUUUUUUUGUUCUUUAAUUUUAUAUUUUGUGGAAUUAUAAAUAUUGUUAUUUAUGUUUUACUUAUUUUAUCUUAUGCAUAUUCUAAUAAUGUAUUAAUUUAUAUUUCACAUAUAUUAGUUUGUAUAUUCAGAAUAUUUGAUUCCUUUUCGUUAUCUCAUUCAUUAAAUAUUCGCAGCUUAUGUUUAAAUAUAAAACGUCACUUUAAUUACAUAAAUGGUACAAGUAAGAACGAAGAAAAUACUCUUUCCUUUUUUAAUCAUUCUAACAAAAAUAAUUCAAAAAUAGAAUUAGAGGAAGUAAUGGAUAUAUGUGCUGAUUCAAAUAUCUAUUUCAACAUAAAAGGUGAUUUUAUCUUUUUAUCAAUUAAUUGUUUUGUAUAUUUGCUUUUAAUAAUGUACAAAUUAUUGCAACUAAGAAAUAAAUUGCAAAAAGAAAAACAAACAAAAAACAAAAGAAAUAUAUCAGAAGGAAAAUAUACAUUUGCCCUAAAACAUUUUUAUUUAUCCAAUGAAAAAUAUAAAAAAAGAAAAAUGUAUAUUUUCUUUAGAAUCUUGAAUUUUAUAAAGAAGUGCUUUAGUUUAAAAAAAAAAAAUAAAAAUAAAAUCUAUAGAAAAUAUGAUUCAUUUGAAGUGGAAACAAAUGUAAGUUAUGAGUUAAAUGAAGAUAAUAUAAGUCAAGAUAAUAUUAUAAAAUAUACUAAAAAAUUGAAAGAGAAUUCUUAUAAUAACGAAAAAUAUAUAUUUAAGAAUUUGAAUAUAAAAAUGAAUGAAUAUCAAAUUUAUGCUUUUUCUACAAUAUUUAAUAAUGAUUUAAAUAUAUUAUAUUUUUUUAAAUAUUUUUUUUGUAAAAAUGACAAUAAAAUAUGUAAUUAUGCUAAAUAUAAUGAAGAAAAUAAUAUGUAUAAUAUAGACAAAAUAUUUUCCGAGUCUUUUCAUAAAAUUAAUGAAAAUGAUUACAAAAUUACAUUAAUACCAUGCAUGUCUAUAUAUGAACAUUUAAAGUUAAUUAUAACAUUCAAAAAAUUAAAGUUAAAUUCUAUGGAAUUAAAAUAUUUAAUCAAUUUAUUAAUGUUAAUAGUUAAUUUAAAGUGUAACAUGAAUUUAAAUUGUAAUCAGCUAAGUGGAGGUAUGAAAAAAAAAGUAGAAUUGAUGAUAAAUUUACUAAAAAAUGACAAGAUAAUUUUUUUAUAUAAAUUGAAUGAUAACAUUGAUUUUUGUUCUCAAAUUUAUAUAAACAUAAUUUUAAAAAAUAUAUUAUUACUUAAUGAGUAUGAUAGUAAAAUCAAUUAUGAAUCUCUUAUUGACAAUGUAUCAACACACGUAGAGUUGGAUGAAGAAAAAAGAAAGAAUAUAAUAAGUAUUAAUAGUCAUAUGAGAAAAAAGGAAAUGAGAGUAAAAAAAAAGGAAAGUAUUAGCAUUUUAAAAGAAAAAGAAAAUUUUAUAAACUCAAAUAAAAGAAACGAUUAUUUAGAUUGUUCUAUUACGUCGAAUUUAAAAAGUGCUAAUCAGAAUAUGAUUGAUUCAUUUAUAAAACAAAAUAUAUUAAAAAUUAGAUUUGGAAUCAAAAAUUUUGCAAUUUAUUCUCAUAUAUAUACAGAUAUGUUAUAUUAUGAUUAUUUAUACCUAUUUCAUAAAAAUGAAAUUAUUUACAAUAAUUAUAUACAAAAUAUAAAAAACAUUUUCAAAAAUUAUUAUUUAUUUCAAUUAAAAUUAAAAAAAAUACCUGAAAGUAAAAUAAAAGAAUAUAUGAAUAUCUACUUUUCCAUAUACAAACAUACAUUUAAGAAAUAUCAAAAGACUUUAAUUAAUUUUUUUAGAAAUUCAGAAUAUAAAAAAAAAUAUUGUUGCAAUGAUAUUAGACAAACAGAUUCUAUUGUUUUAUUUCUGGAGAAAUUUUCAAAAAAUAAUUCAUUGACGAUGCAUAAUCUUUAUUAUAUUUUUAAAACAAAUAAAAAAAAUAAAUACCGUAAUAAAAAAUUUUUUUUAAGUCAUUCUAAAUUUCACAAAAUACUUUUUAAUUUAAUGAUAGAUAAAUUCUCUUAUCUCCAUUGUUAUCUAAAAAAAAAUAAAUUUAUUUCUAUUUUUAAUUUAUUUAAAUUUGUAAUUUCUGAAAUUACUCUUAGAAAAAUACAAAAUUUUAUUUUUAAAUGUAAAGGAAUAAAAAAUAUUUCCUCAGAAAUUUUAAGAUUCAACCAUUAUUUGUUUAUUUUAAAAAUAAAUAAAAAUAGAAAUUUUUUCAAAUUACUAGAGAUCAAUAAAAGAAUGAAAUUUAAUGAUGAUGAAAUUGAAGUCGAACAUAUAGAUAUAAAUAAUGCUAAUGCAAAUGAUAUUUUUCUAUUAAUGUUUAAAAAAUUAUUAUGA